GUGUACGGGGCUCGUGGGGCGGAACCAACGGAGCUCGCGCGGAGCACCCGAAAAAUAGGUGUUAACGAUAUUUAAUAGCCGCGCUGAUGCCGUACCGCGCGCUCGUACGCCACAUGACAAUCAUUCGGUCGCGUUAUUACGGUUACGUGUAGUGCAUUUGUAGUUUGUAGUGUGCGUCGUACGGGUGGUAAUUUGCCAUAUUAGUGUUACGCGCUCGUGUCAACUAUGAUGGUUUUAGACUCGGGACAACCGUCGCCGUCGUUAAGGCUGUACGCUGCUGCGGCCGCGGCCGCAGCCAACGGUUACGGCAGUGGCCAGCAAGCCGCAGCGGCCGGUGUACAAAUGCCACCGCACCCGUUAUUCCCUCACUUUGCCGCCCGAUUUCCGCACAGUAUGGCCACGGCUGCGAGUUUUGCGGCAGGCCUUUCGCCGUUUCUCCAACAGCACCAUGUCGAACAAGCUGCAGCUCAAAGGUAUGCAAUCGCCGCAGCCGCAGCUGCCAGGAGUAACGGGGCACAUCUACCGCCCUCCGUACACCAACAUCAUCAGCAUCAUCACCAAAGGCCUUCCGCGGGAUCCAAUGGCGUCACCAUUCAAGCCGAAGCGAACAAAAGACGACAGUCUCAACAAAAUUUGCAGCAUCACAUGAGAUUAUCUAAUAAUCAUUGUAGUGACGACAGUGCUUCCGAAAGUGGAUCGCCGAAAAAAGGCAUUGAUGGUGACAGUGCAGCAGGUAGUUCUGAAGACUUGGCAAACAAGCGGCGAAGGUCUAGAACGAAUUUCAACACGUGGCAGCUGGAGGAGCUGGAAAGAGCUUUCCUGGCCAGUCAUUACCCAGACGUGUUCAUGAGGGAAGCCCUAGCUUUGCGGUUAGACCUCAAGGAGUCCAGAGUGGCCGUAUGGUUCCAAAAUCGAAGGGCCAAGUGGAGGAAAAAGGAACACACCAAAAAAGGACCCGGUCGACCGGCGCACAACGCUCACCCGGUUACGUGCUCCGGAGAACCGAUACCCGCAGACGAACUGAGGCGCAAGGAAAGGGAGCGCAGACAAAAGAAAUUGCUAAAGAGCCUCGAAAGACAGCAGAGAAAAUUGGCAGCUAAGGGCGUACAUGUCGACUUGGAAACGUUGCGCAAAGAAUGGGAGUCGCAACAAGCCAAUAAUGCUGCCAAAAAACAAGGUCUCUUGGAUUGCGGAAUUGGAGGAGGAUCAUCCAACGCCGGAAUGGAUUUGUCGUUACAAGACUCAUCGAGCUGUUGUAGCGGUCAGACUAGCAGAGAUGAAGAGAUUGAUGUCGUCGGCGAAGAGGAUCACCAUCGGAGACUACUUAGGCGCAGUGCUAGCACGACGUUUGAUGACGACGAUGACGACGAUGAAGACGAUGACGAGGACGAAGGCCUACCGCCGUAUGCUCGAGCGGCCGCGGCCGCGGUGGCCGCUGCAGCAUGCCGAGAUGACAGCUGUAGUUCAGACGACGAGCUUUACAGUAGACACCGCCGUUACAUUCCUCGGCCACCGCCGCCUAAUGACGACGAAUCUUCGCCCUUGUUGAAUUUGACCACUGCGGCCACAGCGUCCGCCGACAAGGUCCGUCGCCUCAAUCCAUUUAGCAUCGAGUCACUGUUGGCCGGCGGCAACAGACCGUUCAGUCUGACCGCCGCCUCUCAAACCACUUUUAUUCAAAACAACAAUAACAACAAUAACGUCAACAACAACACUAAACUAUGAAAUUUCCAUUUUUGGUUUGUACGUUGAAAAUUGUAACUCUCUCUCUCUCUCUCUCUCUCUCUGUCACUUUCGUUGAUGUAUAGGUUCCUAUUCCGUUGUGAAAAAAAUACCUUUCAAAAGUACUCGCCAAAAAAUUAUAAACGAAGUACUUGUUCAUUUAAUUAUGUUCAGUGUGUAGAGAACACUGUGAAAACAUAUCACGUGUAUAAAUCGACUUGGGCGGAAUAAAAAAUAACUUUGCUCGACGUUUUCUUCAAAAACAUUUCACUACAAACAUUUAGCGUCGAAUAAUAAUUAAUUCUAGUCAAAUAAAAUUUUGUAAAAAUUGUCAUUAAUAUAUAAAUUAUGUGUACAUAACAACUAUUGUAAAUUAUUAGUAUUUAUUGAGAGCACCGAAGAAUAAAUGUCGGAUGAUACUAUUUGUACUAAUAUUGAAUAAAUCAUAUUUGAUAAAAUAUACGAGUGCAAUAAUCGUAAUGUUGGCGUUAAGUCGAAUAGUUUUUGAUUGUAACGUGUACUGACAGUCCCCUUGUUUUUUCAACAAACGUCCCAGUUGUUGUUGAAUUAUAUUUUAAUAAUACAUAUUAAGAAGACUAUAUCGUCGUCAUCAUCAUCAUCAUAAUCAUCAUCAUCCUUACCGCCGACCAUCUUCCCAUAGUUAUUAGGUACCCAUUAUAAUAUAUUAAUUAUAUUACUUUUGUAACACACCGCAGUAUGUUUUUUCUUAUAAUGACUUUUAAUUCAUUUAUUAAUUAAAAAAUAUAACGCGAAACAAACGUUUUUAUAAUUAAGGCAUCGUCAUAUAUAAUAUAUUGUGUAUGAAUAAAUAAUUAAAAUAUUAUAAAAAAAAUAAUAAUGUAAAAUGUAUACGAUUGUAUUAAAAUUGAAUUAAACGUAAAACGACGACAACGUUGAAUAAU